AUGGAAAAGCGUCGCCUUCCGCCCGAAAGUUAUACGCUUGGCUGGGUCUGCGCUUUGCCCCUCGAACUGCAAACCGCUCGUGCGAUGCUCGAUGAGGAACAUCAGGAUCCCAAAUAUGACCCGCACGAGACGAGCGUUUACACGCUUGGAAGAAUCGGGCUGCAUAACAUUGUCAUUGUAUGCUUACCAGCCGGUCGCUACGGCACAGUCGCUGCCUCGACCUGCGCUUCACAGAUGAUGGAAAAGUUCCGAUCGAUCAAGGUCGGGUUGAUGGUCGGUAUCGGUGGCGGCGUUCCUAGUGACGAAGCAGAUGUCCGACUCGGUGACGUUGUGAUCAGCCAGCCUCGCGGACGAUAUGGUGGUAUUGUGCAGUACGACCUAGGGAAAAUCGAAGCAGGCGGAAAAUCCGUCAUGACCGGCUAUCCUUGUCCGCCGCCAACGAUGCUGCCGAAUUCCCUCUUGAGGUUCCGCGCAAUGAAAAGAGAUCAAGGCGACGUUAUUCUGGCCCAUAACCCUGGAGAGCCUAAGAGCGGGUUACCAAACUCUCCCUUUACCAGGGGAAGAUUAUAA